CUGAACUGUUGGUCAUUAUUCAAGAACAAUUAUGUAUUUUUCCUACCUUUUCAGAUAAACAAUGCUUGAUGAAAAAAACGAGUCUUAUCUGGACCGCACCACCACCACUGGGAAUGUCACUACGACGAUGAUAAACGCGGAUGAAUACCUUCAAUCACUGAAUGACGAGUUAGCGCUGAUGAUGCUCCCUGCUAUAAUGUUCCUUGCCGCCAUCUUGGUCGUCGGUUUUGUCGGUAACAUCAUAGUCUGCUACAUCUACCUGGCGAAGUUCAAGGUCAGCACUACGCGGUGUUUCAUCGUGACCCUCGCGCUCUUUGAUCUUCUGACCUGCUGCGUCGGGAUUCCUGGAGAACUCGUAGACAUCAGUCAAAACUACACUUACAAAAAAGUCAAACUAUGCAAAGCGCUGAGUUUCUGUAACGCUUUCACCAACUUGACAUCUGUGGCAGUUUUCGUCGCCAUAGCAACGGACAGAUACAAGAAGAUAUGCAAGCCUCUCGCCAAACAGAUGUCCAUAAACUGGGCCAAGAUCGCCGUCGGGUUGAGUUGUGCGACGGCAAUGUUGUUCGCGUGGCCCGCUGUUUUUGUCUACGGACCGCGAACAGUUUUGACAAAAUAUUCCGAUAUUAACCGAACCGACUGCACCACGGACGAUCGAUUCAUCGGAACGAUUUACCCGCUUCUGUAUAACGGCUUCCUGUUCCUUCUGUUUGUCAUAUCUGUGUCUGUGAUGGUUGUACUCUACCUCCACAUAUGGCGGACUGUCUUAAAAAGUGUGGGGUUACACGAACCGAAAGCGGAACUCGCCACCAACACACAGAUGCGGCAGAGAGUUCGCUACCUUAAAGAUUCAGAGGAGAGCAAUGACCUUACGCCUGCCAUCAACACGCGGCACAGCGAACCAAUCACAGACUUCGUUACAAACGAAUGCGAUGGCAAGACGUCAACGCUGGGCACGAAAGGACCAGCGGUCAAGACGGGGAAAUCCGCGCGAAAACAGCAGGCGAGAAAAACGACGUUCAUGCUGUUUCUGAUCACGCUGGCGUUCGUGCUGAGUUUUCUGCCCCACCUGGGACUGAUGGCGGCUCUAGGGAUCGACACGGUCAUGUUCGACAGCUUGAGUCCGGGGGCGACCGCCGCCUACAACUUAUUCCUGAGGUCCUACUUCAUCAACAGCGCAUUCAACCCUAUCAUUUACGGCUUCUGCAAUCUGAGAUUUAGGAUGGAAUGCAAGGCUCUGCUUGUAAAGGUGUUUCACACAGGGCGGACAUGAACUGGCCUAGCUGUUCAGCGUGUCGUUUGGCACUUGAAUUUUGCUAGGUUAACUGGAAAUGCUAGCUGAAUAUGCGAGGCAUUAGCUUGCAUUUUAAUAACAUGUCUUUAUAAUCUCAUUGGAAUUUAACAGCUAUUCCAACGAAGUUGCAAAUGAUGUGGUUGAUGUAAUUCAAUGUUCUGAUCCUGUACACACUUUGUACACAUUUGUCAUCGGACCUAAACAGCGCACUUGUUGACUGUGUGGACCAACUUGUGACGGAUGCCACCGGGAAGCAGGACAUGCUUAUUUUUCGCGAACACCUGAUAUCAUCGAUUUGACGUUGACAGUGUCAUUCAUUACUGCAUGUUAUUACAACACUUUAAUUAUUCUACACAUUCGGUACAUAAAUACUAGUACAUAUGCCUGUAUGAUGCUUUAUUAUAUCUCUCUCUCUCUCUCUCUCUCUCUCUCUCUCUCUCUCUCUCUCUCUCUCUCUCUCUCUCUCUCAAUAUAAUUGUUCUACAUCUAUAUCUGUCUCUAUAUCUACCCGUCGCAGGAUCGAACCACCUCGGUCGAUCCACUCAACUGAUUUGGUGAGUUUUCUCAUUCCAAACAGUGUACCACAAGUCAAAGGACGUGAUUUAUGUUUUCCUGUCUGUGGUAAAAUGCAUAUAAAAUACCCCUUGCUGCUAAUGGAAAAAAUAUAGCGGGAUUCCUCUGAUGACAACGAAUCAAUCCCAGUCAGUGGGCCUAUUGGGCUAUUUCUCUGUUGUCGGAUGCUGCAUAAUAUUUAUAAAUUAUACCUUCCUUCUAAUGAAAAGUAACAGCCAAUGGCGUAGCGGGUCUCCUCUCAUUUUGCCAAAAUGCAUAUAAUUGUAAAUAUAAAUGUGUUGAGUUCCGUUAAAUAAAACAGUUAUUUCUUUCUUCGUGGUUACGGAUGUGUGUACUGACUGUACGAUUUGGUUGGGAGCAUACAUUACUUUGUCUACCAAGAACGGGUUGUAGAAUACUCAGUGCGAGUACUCAGUCUGUGUAGAUAUUGUACUCAGUCUUUGUAUAUUCUGUACUCAGUAU